AUGAGUACGGGGGCAUCAUUUUCAUCAUCAACUGUCAGUUUAUUGAAAACUAUAGUAGGUGCUGGGCUAUUAUCUAUGCCGUUAGCUUAUGCUACUGAUGGUUUAAUCUUUGGGACUUUUGUGAUUUUGUUAGCAGCUUUCACUUCGGGAUUCGGUCUCUUUUUGCAAUGUUAUGUUUCGAAAUUCGUACCACUUGGCCAUGCCAGUUUCUUUAGUGUUUGUUCGGUGACUUAUCCUAAAUUAUCAGUAGUUUUUGAUAUUGCUAUUGCAAUUCAAUGUUUUGGAUGUGCUUUAAGUUACUUAGUCCUAGUGGGUGAUUUAAUGCCAACUAUUAUUUCACCAUCUUUUAUCGAUAAUGGUAAUUUAAGAACAUUUUGGAUUUUAAUGUCAACUAUUAUAAUUGUUCCAUUGUCAUUCUUGAAGAACUUGGACUCAUUGAAAUACACUUCAAUCUUAGGUCUUGUAGCUAUAGGUUAUUUGUCAUUAAUUGUUAUAUUACAUUUCUUGAUAGGUGAUAUACCAUCGGAUUUAAAAGGUAACAUUACAUUUUUCCCACCUAAUGUUUCUGGGGUAUUCCAAACGUUUUCAAUUAUUGUAUUUGCAUUUACUGGACAUCAAAAUAUGUUUUCUAUAAUUAAUGAAUCAAGAGAUAAGUCAAUCAAGAAAUUAUCCUUAUUAGUUUACAUUGCCAUUGCUGUUUCAUCGGUAUUUUUCAUAAUCGUUGGUGUUUCAGGAUAUUUGACUUUUGGAACAAAUGUCGAAGGUAAUGUGAUUUUACUGUAUCCAAAUCAUUGGAGUACUACUUUGGGAAGAGCAUGUAUUGCAUUUAUGGUUAUUUUUUCCUUCCCAUUGAUGUUACAUCCAGCUAGAAUCUCAGUCAACAAUAUCUAUUUCUGGAUAAAAUCUGAAGAGUCAGAAGAAGCUGAUGAAACCACUGAAUUAAUUUCAAAAGAUUCACCAAUUGUCCCCUUCCCUAACGAUAGAUUUUAUAUUAUUACAAUCGCAUUACUUCUUGGGGGAUACAUAUUAGCUGUUUCAAUUAAAUCAUUUGCUUUAGUAUUGGCAAUUGUAGGGGCUACAGGGUCAACGGCAAUAUCUUUUAUUUUGCCAGGAUUAUUUGGAUACAAAUUACUUGCCUCAGGAUCUAAUCCUUCUAAAACAGAACAAUUAUUAAAGAUUCUUGCAUAUAUUUUGGUUAUUUGGGGAUUCUGUGUAAUGGUGUUAUGUUUAUAUGUUAGUAUUUUCUUGAAUUAA